AUGCAAAAUUCAAAGGAGUAUAGGAGGGGAGAGGAAGGUGAUCUACUUAAAAAAAUUAAUAAGGACAUUAUCACAGGAGGGGGGGGGAGAAUUGGCAAGGAGUGGGUGCGAGGGUUUUUCGGUUUCUCAGCUUCAGCAACAGAACAAUGUCUGCAAAUGUGGCUACAUGUGGUGCAGAGCAUCAUUCAACAAUACGCACUCAAUGACUACAUUCAAAGACUGAGGGAAGAACUGCAAAACCCUCAACCGCAGGGGGCCCAUUUGCCAGAACCUCAGUUGCACACAGCCCAACCGCAAGAGCACCUAUUGCAAGGGCCCCAACUACAGAACCCUAUGCUGCAAAGGCCCCAAAUGCAGGGAUCCCAGGUGCGGGGGCCCCAACAGCAGCAGGCCCUAGUGCAGGGUGUCUUGGUGCAGGGGGUCCAAGGACGAGCUCACCAGGUGGAGGGUUUCCAAGUACCGGGGUCUCAGGUGCAGGUGUCCGAACUACAAGGUUCCCAUGUGCACAUCCCCCAGGGGCCACAAGCACAGGUCUCCCAUGGCCCCCGACAAGGCUCCCAGAGGCCCCAACUGCCAGAGACACAAGGGCCACAGUUGCAAGUGUCAAACUUGCAGGCAGGUCUUCAUGGGGCUGAUGUGCAGAGGCAACCAUUGGUUGGUAUCCAGUCGCAAGGGUUGCAAUUGCUUGAAGCUUAUGUCAGCACAACGCAAGCACUUGAGGCUCAUGCAUGUGUUGUCCAGUCUCAGAUGUACCAACCACAUGAGUUCCAGUCGCAUGAGAUGCCAAAUGAAACCCACUGCCAUGGAUCAGAACCAGAUGAAAUGCAUGUGCAUGGGACCCAAGGGCUAGGGUACCAACCAGCUGACACCCAUUUGCCUGCACCAAACUGGCAAGAGUUAAGCAAUGUGCAAAUGAGGCCUACAGAGAUGGAUAUGCAACAUGGUGGAGAGGGAUUGGAAGAUGACUUACAUUUGGGACUUGCAUCCCAACAACAACAAGCUCAUGGUGGUAUGGGCUCUGAAGCCUGCGAUGCAGAUUCUGACCUAGACAACAAUCCGAAUGGGACGAGCAUAUGCGAGCAUGACACUGUGGCAUGCAAUGACACUAGCGCGGUAUUGCCGGAGAACCAAGUUGAUGAUGACGAUGAUGAGAUCAGUAAGUAUAUUGUACUUAAUAUGCAAGUAUGGGCAUUCUCACCAGAGCGAUAA